UUAUUGUUGGUCAGUUGAGUGCGGUACUUUGGAGCUAGCGGACGUGUCUUCGGCAACGAUAGUUCUUAGACGAGUUGAGGUGGCCAAACGUGUGAGUUGCCGAGUGCGAGCGUGUACAUUGUUGCGGUUCAUAUGCUCUCGUAGCCGAAUAUAGAAAUGAGGAAAUAAAUACAUGCGUACAACAAAAAAGAGAAAACAUAAUAAAAGUGACAAUUGCGCGUUGUGUUUUGCAUAAAUUUGCUUUAUAAUUUUACAAUAACAAAGAGCAACAUAGUACGUAAAUCAAAAGAAGAAAUAUCUAAUGAGUUAAAUAAUCAAAGUGAAAAGGCAGUGGAGAAACACACGCAAAGAAUAUAGAAAGCGACCUUUGAUAAAGCAUAUAUUUGUAGGUGUUGGCAUUUUUUGAAAGUGAAUUUCGUUUCGAAUUGUUGGAGCAAAAUAAAUUAGUGGAUUCUUCUUUCAUCACGCAGCAAACGCUAUUAGACGAAUGCAAGGUCACGCUUGUACAACGUUGUAGGAUAGCCGUUUGUAACAUCACCGGCAAGUUGAGAUUCAGGCGAUAGCCAGCACGACAGCGCCAGAGACUUGAAGUAAUUGCUUCAGUGCGAAAAGUUCGCUCAUUAUGACAACCCACUGGCACACGUUGCGAUGGCGCGUCCUUGUGUCGGUAACCAUUUUGCUUAGCUUAAGUCUAACACAAGUGACGGAAGGAUUUCCCUUCGUCUUCAAUACCAACCGCAAGGUCAUCAAUUGGACUGUACCGGAAGACAACUGGGAAAUUCAUUCCGUGCCGCGCAGCAUCACGCCUCAUGUAGAGCUGAAAAAGUACCCUAACCGCACCAAUCCCGAUCCUGGACAGAGCGAUGAAGAAUUUUUGGCACGACUUCGAAACCUCAAGCGCAACGACACCAUGGCGCGAAUGCUUUGGUAUGACACGACACCCGAUGGCCUGAGUUAUCCGCCUUUCGUAGACAAGGCACUGAAACUGUUCAAUUUGAAGCAGGUGGCUUUCGAGAUCGAGAACAGUGUCAUGUCCAAAGUGUCGUGCACAGCUUGCAAAGCCGGUGCUGGUCUACUGCAGCACUACAUACGCGCUGGCAAAACGAAAGGGGAAAUUAUAAAAUUAAUUUACGAAUUCUGUGUUAACCUAAACAUACAGAGUCCGCGCGUCUGUGAAGGUGUCUCCACACUCUUCGGUAGCGAAGUAAUUUAUGUGUUGCAGCGCGUGAAUCUCGGACCAGAUGAAAUUUGUAGUUUUGUGAUCGGUGAUGCUUGUGGUGACGUUUACAAUCCCUACCAUGAGUGGGAAGUGAUAUUCCCGCCCGUACCAAAGCCACCAGUUGCAGAAUUGAGUAUGCCUAAAGAGGCGGCACCGUUCUUUAAGGUCUUACACAUCUCGGACACACAUUACGACCCACACUAUGUGGAGGGCUCAAACGCCAAUUGCAAUGAACCGCUAUGUUGUCGCCUGAGUAGUGGACGCCCAUCAAACCCAAAUGAUGCAGCUGGCAAAUGGGGCGACUACCGAAAGUGUGACACACCGAAACGCACGGUGGACAAUAUGUUGGAGCAUAUCGCCGACACGCACAAAGAUAUUGACUAUAUACUGUGGACGGGGGAUCUGCCGCCUCAUGAUGUUUGGAAUCAAACCAAAGAGGAGAACUUGGAGAUUAUCAAGGAGACUGUGCGUCAGAUGUCUGAGAAAUUUCCUGGUGUGCCCAUCUUUCCGGCGUUAGGCAAUCAUGAAAGUGCGCCGGUUAAUAGCUUUCCACCACCGUAUGUAAACCAAGUGGAUAUCUCUAUAGCGUGGCUGUAUGACGAAUUAGAUGUCCAGUGGCGUCGGUGGCUCCCGCAAAGUGUUUCACAUACAGUAAGACGUGGCGCGUUCUACUCGGUAUUGGUGCGACCAGGCUUUCGUAUUAUUUCACUAAAUAUGAAUUAUUGCAAUAACAAAAAUUGGUGGCUGCUGCUUAACUCCACAGACCCUGCAACAGAACUGCAAUGGUUCAUAUACGAGCUGCAAAGCGCUGAGUUUUCCAAUGAAAAAGUGCACGUAAUCGGUCACAUACCACCGGGGCAUCCCGAUUGCUUGAAAGUGUGGUCACGCAAUUUCUAUCGCAUCAUUUCGCGUUACGAGAGCACCAUUACAGCCCAAUUCUACGGACACACACAUUUCGAUGAAUUUGAAAUGUUCUACGAUCCACACGACCUCAGUCAUCCCACUAGUAUAGCGUACAUAGGCCCAUCCGUAUCACCAUACUACGAUUUAAACCCUGGUUAUCGCAUUUAUUAUGUUGAUGGUGACCAUGAUACUACCACGCGUCUGGUGGUGGAUCAUGAAUCUUGGAUAAUGAAUUUAAAGGAGGCGAACCUUUACGAUUACCCUAUUUGGUAUAAAUUAUACACAACGCGUGCGGCGUACAAUAUGAAAGCGCUCAGACCGGUGGACUGGAGUAACUUGAUCGAUGAGAUGGCGGACAAUCAGGAACUAUUUGAUUUGUAUUAUAAAAAUUACUGGAAGAAUUCGCCAAUACGGCCAGUUUGUGAUGCCGAAUGUAGAAAGAGGAUGCUGUGCGACUGCAAAAGUGGCCGUUCACACGACAGGAAACACUUUUGUCAAGAUGUGGAAGCAAAGGUAGAUGAUGGUUCAUCGAAGUCAUGGAAAUCAUGGCUGUAUCGUGGCUUGACAAACUCUUAUAGCCUGAUUUCAUCUAUCACAUAUCUGCCCAAAUACCUGAUGGGCUUUGGUUGAACGGAAGCUUGCUUGCUUCACGAACGCUUGGAACACUGCAGCUGCUGCAAACACAAAAAUUCGUAUGUCGGAUCACUGAAAAUCGAAGGAUUCGCGCUGUCUGGAAGCGGCAUAAACAAUUCGAGAAUUUCUCCUGUAAAAGUGCAAACAAAUUGACUCGAAAAUUGUAAUCAAUUAAUCAUUUAAGUCAUUUAGCUAAUAUUUGUAUGUAUGUAUAUUGUAGACGAAGCAAGAGUAUGAAUGUACAUUAAUUAUGUGAUUAUUAGAGCUUAAACAACUUAUUUCUAAGUAGACUAAUAAAUCUUCAAAAUUACAGAAGUGAAAAAAUCCUUUGGUAUUAGAAACACGUACACGUAUGUAUGUAUGCGUGUUUACAUUCCAGUGUAUAAUAUACCCAUAUGCAAUAUAAUAUAAUACUCAUAAUUCAUAUUUCGUAUUUUCCCACAAAGAAAAUUUCGGCUCAACCGCAAAAUAAUAUUUAAUUUGUUUUUAAUAAUAUUAACUUUUAAUAUUUAAUUAAGUGUAUUCAAUUAAUAAACGAACAACAAACACACAGUCAUAACAUAAGCAUAGCGAAGUCCGCACACCUGCAAAUACACUCAUACCGUUAGUUUCAUUGUGAAUAAAUUGCUAAGUUUUAUAAAUGUAAAUUUUAGACU